UUUUAUUAUUUUGUUAAUAUUUUUCAGAAUAUAUCUUCUAAUUAUUGUUGUAAUAUAUUUUAUAUACUUUUUUCAAUGUUAUAAAAGCGGUAUUAAGGAUGCUAUAAUUUAUAAGAAUAAGACGAGUGAGUGUAUGAUAUGGACGCAGACAUUGGCUUGGAUUUGGAUAUUGACGAGUAUGAACUGACUAAUUCCAGUUACCAACAAUCAUCGGUGCAAUACUACCAACUCCACCUCGACAUUGCUUAGCUCACCUUUCAAUAGUUUUAAUCAACCGGGUGUGCGAACAGGUUUUGAAACAAAGCUAUUCGCCAGCUAUUCAAAACGGGGACCGGGGCGUCCCCGCAAAGAAAAUCCAUUGCUAUUAUAUAGGGGACCUAAUAGCAAAUUUCAACCAAAAAAAAAGCUUUCCAAAGAUCUGCCGAACUCUUCUUUAAGUGACGCUACGAGCAUGGGCAUGCCUGAUGAGAAUAAUAAGCCAGCGACGACUGGCGUUCAUUUCGAUGAAUUGCCAUAUUUCACUGAAAAAUACCCAGGGAAGAUGUGCUGCUUAUGCAACCUAUGCGAACGAAGCUCUUUGGGUCAAGGUGACUUAUUAAAAAUCACCGUAAAUGCUGAAACAUUUAAAACAAUUUUUACAACAUCAUCCGAAAAUGUGAAAGAUUUGAAUGAUGAAAUCGAAGAGCCAGCAGAUACAAGUGGACGUAAAAAGAAUUUGACAAAACAAAAGGUUACCAUUAACAACGAAUUGGUAAAUGAGCUCGACAACAUUGGUCAUGAUGAAGUGCCUUCAUGGAGCAAUCUCUUAGACGAUGGAACAUUUAUCUAUAUGCAUAGCAUGUGCGUGAUGUGGUCGGUACAAUUGAAACGUAUUGAAGAGGAUUUCGUUCCUAAUGUCGAGGAAAUGAUUGCGAAAAGCCUAACCCGGAAAUGCUCAUAUUGUCAAAGAUAUGGAGCAAGCAUUGGUUGUCGUAUGAGUUGCACCACAAAUUUUCAUUUGCCCUGUGCCGCUGCAGCAAGCUGUUUCCUAAUUAUUGAAUCUUUUUCGGUGUUUUGUUCUGAACACAUUAGCCAAGUGCCCUACAUAUCGAUUGAUGCAAACAUUGAAUGUCGUCAAUGCUCGACAUUAGGCGAUAUAUCAAAGUUAUUGAUGUGCUGCACUUGCGGGGCCCAUUAUCACACCACCUGUAUUGGCCUCGCAAAUUUUCCAGAUUCACGGUCAGGUUGGAAUUGUACACAGUGUUGCAAAUGCUUGAUAUGUCGACAAACAGAGAACAACGACGGUCGUUCAGUAAAAUGCGAACAAUGCCAAAAAAUAUAUCAUACAACUUGUUUAAGGCCGAUUAUAUCGUCCGUGCCGAAGUAUGGUUGGAAAUGCAAUCGUUGUCGAGUAUGCAGCGAUUGCGGUGCUCGUACACCGGGUGCGGGUGCUUCUUCACGUUGGCAUUGUCAUUACACCAUAUGCGAUUCUUGCUAUCAACAGCGCAACAAAGGAUUUUCUUGCCCUAUUUGCCACAAGGCUUAUCGUGCAGCUUCGCAUAAGGAAAUGGUGAAAUGCAGUAAUUGCAACAAGUUUGUUCAUAGCACUUGCGACGAUGAGGCGGAUUUGGCUAUUUAUCAUCUAAAAAAAGAAACAAAUCCCGAUUAUGAUUACGUUUGUCCAUCGUGCAAGAUGAUAACAUUGAAUGGUAAACAUUUAUUGGGAUCCAGUUCUAAUAGCGCUAUAGAUCCUCUGUUACAGUCAACUGACAGUUUUGGACGUGAUUUAGAAUGGGAAUUUUAUGACAAAGAUAAUACCGAAUUUGGACAUCUUGUGGAUCCAUUAAAGAUAUCUAAAAAACGAAUAGGUCUUAAAGACUUCGGGCGCGGAGGUAAAAUGAGUAAAUUGUUGGUGGGGAAGAGCGGCUUAAUGAGUCAGAUCAAUCGUAAAAGGAGUGCACGUGGUAAGGGGCGACAAUUUUUGAUAACAAAUUCCUCUUCUGUCACUAACGGAAGUGACCUGAAUAGCAGUCAAGGUUCUGAAGAAGAUGUUGCCCUUGAAAAAAAAAUGAUCCUUUGCUCGGCGAAGGACAAAUUUAUAUUGAUGCAAGAUGUUUGCGUAAUGUGUGGUUCUCUAGGCACAGAUCACGAAGCAUGUCUAAUAGCAUGUGUGCAAUGUGGUCAGUGCUAUCAUCCACAUUGCGCCAACGUCACCGUCUCUAAGACAAUGUUACAAAAAGGUUGGCGUUGCCUCGACUGCACGGUAUGCGAAGGGUGUGGGCAGAAGAACGACGAAGGACGUCUGAUAUUGUGCGACGAAUGUGACAUUUCUUAUCAUAUAUACUGCAUGAGUCCACCUCUAGAUGCUGUCCCGAAUGGUAAUUGGAAGUGUAAAUGGUGUGCAAUAUGCCAGAAAUGCGGUCGUAAUUCUCCAGGAAAAAAUUCCUCUUGGUUCAACGGGUUCUUGGAAUGCGGCCCUUGUGCUAGCCAAGUAAACUGCUUUGCUUGCUCUCAGGCAUAUAAUGAAAAUGAUUUAAUUAUUCAGUGCGCCAGUUGCGAACGAUGGCUCCAUUGUCAGUGCGACUCUAUUAAAAACGAAGAAGAAGCGAAGUUGUUUAAUGAAAUUGAAUAUCACUGCAUGGUGUGCCGAUCUAAAAAUAAUUCCGCAAAAAGCAUACCAACGAAAAUACUUUUGAGUGAUAUUGGGGCAGUGAAAGGCACGCAAAAUUUAAACAGUCAGAACAAAGACUGUGCAGGUGUGUCUGAGGGUAAUGCUACAAGCAGCAACACUUCUGCCCACCCAAUUGCCGAUACAUUUGAGUCUACGGAUAACACAUUUUGGUUGGACGGCGUCUGCGUAAGCGAACAUGGUCUUAAUAUGAUACGCUCUUUGACGACAGAGAUUAAGAGGAAACGUAAAGUGCGUACAGAUGCAGCUGCUCAACGAGAUUUAGCCGCCUUAAAUGCUGCAGACGCAGCUGCCGGGAACAGCACACCCACUCCAGGUGAUGCUGGAGGAGAUGGCAAGUCAACACCAAUCGAAAAAAUUACUACACCAACCUACAAAGACGGCAUGGUGUGGUUUGGCGAGGACGGUAGUCAACCUGAGGGAUUUUCAAUAUCGACGAAUGAGGAGGGAUUGAAUAUUUUACGUAAGAAGAGGCAACGUAACUUGCAAAAGCUUGGCAUUGGCGGUUUUAAUGUACGCAUGCGUGGCUUUCGUAAAGAAAACGAUGAACAAUAUGCUGUUCAAGGUGAAAAUGUCUUGCUAACCGAGGUUGAAAAGAAAAAAAAGAUCAUACGGAAAAAAUUAAAGUCCAAGUUGAGCGAAUCAUAUCCGGCGUAUUUACAAGAGGCUUUCUUUGGCAAAAACUUAUUGGAUAAUAAAGAAUCAUGUGCCGAUUUCGAGGAAUCGGAUUCCUCGGAAAAUGCAAUACUAAGCAAUUUUAAAGAUCGAGAAGAUUUUAAUGAACAAUCCCAACCAAAGGAGCAACUGCAAUUGCCUUUAGAUAAUCAACCCAUUAAAGAAACAAAAAUGCACCAAGAUAACAUAAAGCAAAAAGUUCAGAGUGAAUCAUCCAAGCCACUUGGGAUUAAUAUCAAAACCGAAAAUAUUGUGCGUAGAACAUUGGUCGGGAGCAGCACACUAUUGGAAGACUCUAUGCAAAUUUCAAAGAACGUAGAAAACGUGGUAAGCAACACUAUUGGCAGUUUGGAAAACCCAAAGUUUUCAAACGACAAUUACAUUAUGCAGCAACAAAAUGAACUUACUGCAAUCACCACAAUUAAAACGGAGCCAGGACAAAAUGAAAUUCAAGCUGGUGUCGGUGCUGGUAGCAUGCAACAAAUGCCGCAGAGUAAGGAGGCAAUAGCAACGUUUAUGCCGAGUACAUCGACAAUUAGUCAACAGCAACAGCAGCAGCCCCAGCAGCAGCAGCAGCAGCAGCAACAAAUCAAAAUUUCAAUUAAAGAUCAACAGUUGCAGCAGCAACAGCAACAGCAACAACAACGCCAACAUCAUUAUCAGCAACAGCAGCAGCAGCAGCAACAACAACAACAACAACAGCAACGCUUGCAAUAUCAGACUUCAUAUAACAAUCAGAUGGCUAUAACGAAUAAUCAACCAAACCAUCAUCAAUUCUUAACCCAAAAAUCUGAAGAUCCCAUGUUAAAUCAAAUCAAAGUUGAAAGAGAUGUAAUGCUAUCCCAGUCGUUGGCCCCUACUGAGCGUUUAGUUUCGGCUGAUGCAGCAGAAUUACCGAUGCCGAUAGUGCCAGAGGAGCCAGUUAAAGAGACCGUAGCAGCGGGCACGCAGAAAACAGCAGAAAAAAUGCGCAAAGAUGAAGAUUUGGGAGAAAUGGCUACAAUAUCUGCGGUCCUUUAUGCUAAUACCCAACACCCUGAGCUAAAGCACAUGUACCCGAAUUGGAAUGAACGUUGUAAACAAAUCUUGAAAAUAUGGCGCUCGCUAUCCACAGAAAUGAAAGCACCUUUUUUACAACAUGCCAAAGACAACCGCUCUGUUUUACGUUUGCGUAGAUCGCAACAGGAACCUGAAAAGGUGUACUUUCAGCAGAAAAGUCUUAAGGAACAGGAACAAGAGAGAGCCUGGAAACAGCAUCAAGCGAAAUCAAAAGAAACGUAUACUAAUAAGUUUGCCAAAAACGCCUUUAUAGGGGAUUAUUCACGAUCUGAGUUAACUACGCCAUUAGUAAACAAGCAAGAGCAAGCGUUAUUCGAUAUGAAUAUACUGACGAAUAAUACUCAAAAGCUUACAGAGACGUUAAUGUCAAACGACGAAUCGACAAUGCAUGGUGGCAGUGGCAGUACCUUAACUCAGCAAUCGAAUCAUCAAGUUUUACAUACUGGCGCUGAUUCAAAUAAGACCAUGUCGCAACUCGAUCAUCAAACGCAAUUCGUGAACACGUUAAUUCAAAAUGUUACCCAAACUCAGGACUCCAGUUUAGAGAAUUUUGCGAAGGCCAUGGAUAAUAGUAAGCCCGAAGGGGGCCUACAAUUAGCGGAACGUAGUGACAUCUUCAUUGCCGACAAAAAUUGGUCAGCCAUGCCAAAAAUAUCAGAAGCCAAAGACCCAAGUGGCGGAAUAGAUAAAAUGGAAUCGGAUGAAAAUGCCGGUUUAGGAGAUAUUUUAGGUGGAUUCGGUGAAGGCGAUGACGAUGAGAUUUUAAAGUCGUUAACCGCCGAAAUAGGUGACGACUUUAAUAUAUUGGAGUAUGCUGAUCCUGAACUGGACGAACUCAACGGUAGUCAGAAUCUAUUAAGCAAAUUGGAUUUUGACGAGACUCAAAAAACAAUUUAAUAUUUUACUGUUAGCACAUGUCUAGCCUACAAUUUAAAAGUGAUCUUUUCAACAGAAUUAUGUAACUUUUAGUGAGUGAGUUAUAUUAUUGUUUUUCAUGUAUAUAUAAAAUAAACAAUAAACAAGGUAAUAGUA